UUUACUUACACGUGGUACUGAACACUUAACACUUGUAUGAAUUAUCGAAUUCCAGCAAACCAAACUCUGGAACAUAAUUUACCAUUUGUAAUGAAAAUAAUAAUUUUUUGUGAAAAACAUAAGUCUAUAUCAUACAUGUAACAAACAGUGACCUUUUUUUGGCCCACCAUAUGAAAAACGUGUUAUUCAUGUGUAUCCAUAUGAAAAACAUGUGUUUGCAUCAUAUGUAAAACAUAUGGAGCACUUUUCUGAAAGAAACCAUAUGUUUUUACCAUAUGAAAACAUGUGUGUCACAUACAUUUAACAUGUGGUGCAUAUUUUACCGGUGUACUUACAUGGGUUUUGUCUGAUAUAAUCGGGGCCCUUUCUAAACUUUGGAAAAAAAAUGCAUUAUGCCAGCUCUUUUUGUUUUAAGAAUAGUUGGCAUUCACUGUCUUAUGGCUCUAACUUGUUCAUAAUGUUUUAUAUAUUAGAUAAUAAUGGUAGCAAUAUGAUAUUUUAUGGGGUUUCAUAUAGCAAAGGAAAACCCUAUUCCUACCACUUCUUUAAUCAGUACAUAUACUCUUUUCAUUUAACGUCUAUAAUUAAAUACCACUUAUACUUUUAUUUCAGAUUUCCAACUGAGAGGUCAAGAUUACAUCAUUUGAAGAGGAAAUUCUAUGAGAAAUGUAGAAUCCCAAACGUAAUCGGAGCAGUAGAUGGAACCCUCAUCCCUAUUCAGGGUCCAUCACAGGAUGAGGCAGCUUAUGUCUGCAGAAAAGGGUUCCAUGCUCUUAAUGUUCAGGCAGUAGUCGAUGCUGAAAUGAGAUUCACAGAUGUUGUUUCAAGGUGGCCUGGUUCACAGCAUGAUGCGGCCAUUUUCAAUGCUUGUGGGUUAAAGACACAUUUAGAACAAAGUAAUAAUGGGUUGUUAUUGGGGGAUAGUGGGCACCCUCUAAGGAGGUACCUCUUGACCCCAAAGGUGAAUCCGACAACACCACAAGAGGAAGCCUUCAAUAAACACCAUAGCAGAGGCAGAAUGGUGGUAGAAAAAGCCUUUGGUAUACUGAAGUCACGUUUCAGGUAAAAUAUUGCAAAUCAUUCAAAGUAAUUAUUGUAUUAGUUUAGUUUAUACAAAUUUAUUUUAUUUUCGAUUGUGUUGGAAGUUAUAAGCUUAUUGAAACACUCUCGAACCCGUUCCUGGAACCAACCAGUACUAAGCAAUGAAUGUAAAGUUUCUUGCUCAAGGAAACAAUGGCGUGGC